AUGGCUACUGACUCCGACUUCGUUCUUUACCAUUAUACGCCCAGCAAGGUUGCUGCGAUUAUAUUCAUCGUGCUCUUUGCUCUAAUGACGAUUGUCUAUGCUGUACAAAGUAUAUAUGCUGCAAGGAAGGCUUCCAGAAUACUUAGAUUAAACCCGUUUGAACAAGUGGACGAUAAAACUGAUGUUUUCAGGGAUGAUUAUUACAAAAAAUUCAAAAUCUCAUCGACAGCCUGUGUGUUUAUACCUCUUUUCGUUGGUUUUAUCAUGGAGAUUGUUGGAUAUGUCGGCAGAGCAUUAUCCAGUUCCGAUCCUACAAAAAUAACACCAUAUAUCAUCCAAUCCCUUCUUUUAUUGGUUGCUCCAGCACUAAUCGCGGCCACAAUUUACAUGGUUUUUGGGAGAUUAUUACACGUCAUGAGAUGCCAGUCCUUGAUGCUAAUCUCCGCACGUUUCGGUACGACAUUUUUUGUCGUUGGUGAUGUGUUCAGCUUCUUUUUACAAGCCGCAGGCGGUGGGCUGAUGUCAAAGAAAGGAUCGACAAAGACUGGCUCAAAUCUCAUAACUGCCGGUCUUAUUGUACAGAUAGUAUUUUUUGGAUUUUUCAUUAUUAAUGAAAUAAGAUUUUCAGUUAGUGUCAGAAGGAAGUGCAUCUUCUAUGGCGAUAUUUCCAGAAAAUGGUUCAUUGUAAAUGCUUCCUUAUUAUUAAGCAGUGUGUUGAUUUUAUUACGUUCUAUUGUCAGAGUCGUUGAAUUUAUUCAAGGAUUCGAUGGUUUUAUUAUUUCCCACGAGUAUUUCAUAUAUGUCUUCGAUGCAGUGCCGAUGCUGCUGGUGAUCAUAGCUUUUUGUGUGGGUUCCUUCUACGGCAACAUAUUUGAUGUGAUAGCAGAAUGUCAAACUUUAACUACUACAGACUCUGCCUAA